ACAUCACGCCAGACCGCAUAUCACGAUUUCUGAAUAAUCAUCGAUAACGGUCACUAAUCACCACAGAUAAUAUUUAGAGCAUUCUUGAAAAAACUCAGAAACAAAAUAUGUUAUCUGAUAUAAUUUCGUAAAAAUUUCAUUAAUAAACAAUCUUAAGAUACAGUACUCUUUUUUUAUUUAUUUAUUUUUUUUUUAUGUGCUCCUUAGAAAUCAACCCUGACAUGCCAAAACCAAGAAAAUUCAAAUAAACACUUAAUAAGAAGAUGAAAAAACUUCUUUUGAGGUUUUCAGAGGUUGAAAUAUCGACUUUCUUCAUCCAAUGAUCUGGAAUAUUCUUAUAAUAAUAAAGUUGAAAGUUUAUGGGCCGACAAACAGCUAAGGUAGCGCAUCUUUUGUUUUAAACUGCAGCCAUUUGAGCGCCUCGAUCUGGUUUCUGCCUUAAAUUUGUGUCACGUCGAUAUCCAGAAAUGCUAACCUCUCGUUGGUACAUCACCACAAACAUAGAUGUGUAGUCACAUUCACUCCCCCAGAGUACUCGAUAUUUCUUAUAUUAUAUAAGCGGGGGACUUAUUCUAGUAAUGAAUACAAAUUCUUAAACUAUCUCUGAAUAGAUCAAAAUAAAAACAAGAAUUCAAUUUUUGAUUGACGAAAAAUGAAAAUCAUUGACAUGCAAAAGAAUUGUUUCUACAUUAUUUAUCCUUAGACAGAAACUUACUAAGUAGUAAGAAUGACUCAGAAGCAAUGAUAUUCAGAAUUACCAUAAAAUGAUGGUAUAGCAUCUUUAACAUGGCGAAACGUUGGUGAAAAGGUACUUUGUAGCAGAUGAUAUCCGUUGCUAGGGGAUCUUCCAUUUAUGUUCUUCAUCGUCUUUAACUUCAAUACCAUUUUUGCCUACUGAGAUGGCACUUGCUAUUCACAUCUUUCUAUGUGUUCUCCUAUCUUCCUAUCCCUCCACCUAACCCUUUUCAUGGGAAUCAUCUUCUUCGACUCCAUUUUAUCAUCUUCCAAUUUAUCUUCGUCUUCUGAGUCCGUCUCAUUUUUUUCUUCGCCUUCUAGUUUUGAUAAAAACAGGCAUAUUCUUGUGCUUUUUUCCGCUUUAAUUCAGUUUAGGAUAUGGCAGAUAGCUGUAUUCUUGGAAUGUUAGAAGGUUUAGCGAUACCCCACAGUUUUAAUCCGUAUGUAGCAAUCGGUUUCAGUAGUGUCUUAUAAAGUGUAAGUUUGUUUUUUGUUGAUACGUGCGAUGUUCUUGAUAAUAAUUCGUACAGUUGUCCGAAGCGUCUGUUUAAUUAUUGUCUUUUAGUUAGUAUAUGUCCGAUCCAGGCUAGACGAGAGUCGAGACAGAACCCAUGGUAGCGUACACUGUUAGUUUGUGAGAUAGGAGUAUUAUUGAGAAAUAUUGUAUGAUGUAGUUGCUUCGGAGGGUAAAAGUAGUAUAGGUGCAUUUGUUUCCAUCUAUCUUAAGGCACAAGAAUUUGCUCCAUUCAGCUAUUCGCAACACGUGUGCCUGGAGCUCUUCCUAUGCGAUUGCAUGUCAGACAGAGGAUAGCACAGCUCUGUUGUUGGCAAAGGACGCUUGGAGAAUGGAAGUCAAGGUAUUUGCGGUAAAGAUGAGGUUCAAGAAGGACAUACUGCCCUGAAGCACUUCCGCUCCCAGAGGACAAUAUUCGGAGUAGUCCGAAUCUUGGCCAACUCGGCAAAAUCGUUUUGUUAGGUAGGCGCGAAGGAUUAGUACAAGGUCUUGGUUUUAAUUUGCACAAGAGAGUUUCAUGCCACAUGCGAUCAAAUUUUGUAACAUCAAGAAAGGUCCCCCCCCCGACGAUAUGUGGUCCACACGGCCAAGCACCUGCUUGGUUGUGGAAUGUUGAAGACGAAAUCUCGGGGAGAAGGUUGAAGGAGUUUAGUGUAGAGAUAGUUUGAGAACAAUCUUGUUAAAUAUUUUUUUAAAGAAAAGAAGUAGUAGGAAAGAGCUUUAUGGAUGUGUUUGUCGGGUUUUAUAAGAACGAUGUUCCAUUUAUAAAAAAAAGCCUUCGUCGAUCGGUCAGUACAACUAUUAUUCAACUGAAUACUCUUCAGUACUACAAAAGUUAAACCCUAAAAAUAUUGUUUAUAUUCAGUCCACCGGAUCAUAUUGUAGUUUCAAAUAAGAAACAAAGUCUUGUCUGAUUGCGUUCUUUGUGUCCGUUAGUACAAAGCAUUAAAAGUCCAAAUUACGAAACAAAUCAUUUACACUUUUUACUAUGAUCAUGGUAGUCUAUCGAUGAUCUAUCAACAAAAAAUUUUGUACAGAUGUUUAAAAACAACCCCCACACAAACACAAGCAAUAUCAUAUCAACCCUUGGGGUGCCGGUGUUUUUGAACAAAAAGCCCAUUUGUAAGUUGGUCGGGUUCGAAUGCUGGGCCACCGGAUUCGAACCCGGGACUUUUCCCUUACAAUGAUGAGCGCCCAAACAGUUGCUAUCACACCCCUGCGAUAUUUUUUUAAUGAUAAAGUAUUAAAAUACAUACAAAUGAUUAAUUAUACAAUUAAUGAUUAAUAUAAAAUAUAUAUUUAGCUCAGUCCUUAUAAGAUCAUCCUGCUUUAUUAAAAAAAUCUAGAAGAGUAGAGAUAUGUCAAAGGCUUUUAGAAGGUAAUUUAUUCACAAAAAUGCAUUUGCAAAAUUACACCAAGGUGAUAGUUAUGGUUCGUACUCUCGGGCUUCCUGUUGCGAAGAUAAUUUUUACAUGUUUAGAAUUUGAUCACUGGUACGGUAUAAAAGAUGGCUGGAACUCCGUUUUUGGCAGUCCUUUCUGAAGAAAAGAACAGACAACAUGAGUCUUUAUUCAGUUUACGCCUUCGCCCUCUCAGUUUUCUUACUGCUGACUGUCUCAGCUAUGGCACAUUCCAAACAGUCGAAAAACGCAGGUGAUAUGCACAAGAUGGUCAUACCGAGCAAUAAGAAGUUAAAAGUCCAGAACGAUGAUCCCGUCAAUUCAGAAAUGGAUGACUCGCUCCGCGAAUUUUGCCGUACUUUCGAAAAAUCGUACGAUAUGCAUGAUUUGAGAGGAGUGAGUGAACUGAGAAGUGCAUGUGAUGGCCAUUGUUCUAACUGCGCCAACUGCCCUCGAGGCUGCAGGGCUCUUGUGUCCCGGGGUUGCGCGCGUCUUUUCAAAAAUAAAUCUUCCGUGCUGAAAAUGCGUUCACCCCUUGAAGAAAAGUGCAUGAAAUUUCUCGAGUGAAGGCUAAACAUUCUCUAUUUACAUUAAUUUUUGUAUCUUUUCGCUUUAAUUUUUUAUUAACUGCUUUUUCCUAAAAAAAAAAAUCUUUGCUUAAUCAUUUUGUACGAAAUAUAGCAACUUAAUAAAUAAUAAAAACUGUCUCAGAA